AUGGCCGAGAAGGCGGUGCUGAUGUCCGGCUUCGGCUUGGCCGUGGAGGAGAAGCCGGCGAAGCCCGUCGACACCACGCCGAAGAUGACCUCGGAGGCGGAGGAACUGAUGAAGAGCGUUGCGGACCUCCUCAAAAAGAAGAGGCUCCGGGCCAGCGACCUCUUCAAGAAGAUCGACUCCAGUGGCGACGGAAACGUGACUGGCGAGGAGCUCCGGGCAGGCCUCUCUGACUUGGGUUUCAAGCUUUCAGAUGCAGACCUCCAGUCCAUCAUGAGCGUGAUCGACAAAGACGGCGGAGGAGAGGUCAGCGUCAAGGAGUUUGACAGAGCCAUGCGCGCGGCGGAGAAGCUGCCGGCGAAGAAGGAGAAGAAGGACUUGGUGCACGCCCCGGUAAAGAAGCGGGGCAUCACCGAGCAAGACAAGGAGGAAAUGCGACAGAUCUUCUGCUUAUUCAAGCAGCUGAGCCAGGCACGAAGCGCCGGCUUGAGCGAUGACAACAUCCAGAUCACCGACUGGAACGAGCAAGGCUCCAUAGGCGUCGACGACCUCGAGCAGCUCCUUGAGACAGUUGGGCUCAAGCUGAGCCCACUGCAGAUGGAUGCCCUGAUGGCAGAGAUAGACGUGGACGGCGAUGGCGAGAUUAACUUCGCCGAGCUUUGCACCUCGAUGGCUCGGAAGAUGCAGAUCGACUACGAGCCCGAGGACGUGACGCAGGCAUUUAGGGCCUUUGCGCGAAAUGCGCCCGAUGGGCUCAUCAGGGUCCAUGACCUGCGUGAAGCGCUCAGGACCUACAUGCACGCCGAGAUCAGCGACUCGCAGGUCGAAGAGCUGCUUCAGCACUACCAGGACUGCUUCGUGACCACGCCGGACAGCCAGUGGGAGUACUUCAAGUACCAAAGCUACAUCGACAUGAUGUCGCCACUGGCAGAUCGGGCUGGGCCAAGCGGUGACGCGUGA